CCCUGUAUUUUGAAGAUUUCCGCUUCGUCUCAUCGAAGUGAAGUCGUCUUUUCUUAUGCAUUAAUGCAAGGUACUAUCACGAUUUAACAUAUGAGAACAAUUCAUCCAUGUUACUGCGAUAGUGCUUCCAUUCAGGCUACCUAAUUUAGCCUAUUUUUUCCUCAUCGGUGGAUUCUGAUCCUUCACAAUUCCUCAAAGAAGAACAACCGAUCCCAGGCCUCCGAUCCAGGGUGGAGGGAGGGAAGGAGGUCGUUGGGAAUCGGGAUGGAGACCAAGGAGGGAGCCGAUGGUCCUGGCGGGCCAGACCGGGGUUGUGCCUCCUUUAACCAAGACUCCACGUCGCUGGCUGUGGGGACGCAGGCUGGAUACCGCCUCUUCUCCGUGACCUCUGUGGACAAACUGGACUGCAUUCAUGAGAGCGUGGACAGUCCGGAGGUGUACAUUGUGGAGCGCCUGUUCUCCAGCAGCCUGGUGGUGGUGGUGAGCCAGGCCAUGCCGCGCCGCAUGAACGUCUACCACUUCAAGAAGGGCACCGAGAUCUGCAACUACAGCUACAGCAACAACAUCCUGUCCGUCAAACUCAACAGACAGAGGCUGGUGGUGUGCCUGGAGGAGUCCGUCUACAUCCACAACAUCAAAGACAUGAAGCUCCUCAAGACCCUCCUCAGCACUCCCUCCAACCCCACAGGACUCUGUGCUCUCUCCACCAACCAUUCCAACUCCUUCUUGGCGUACCCGGGCAGUGCCACCAUUGGAGAAAUCAUUAUCUACGAUGCCAACAACUUGAGUACUGUUACCAUGAUCCCGGCCCAUGAUAGCCCUUUGGCUGCUAUCACGUUCAGCUCAUCUGGGACUAAACUGGCCAGUGCCUCCGAAAGGGGAACGGUGAUCCGUGUCUUCUCCAUUCCCGAAGGACUACGGCUCUUUGAGUUCCGCCGGGGCAUGAAAAGGUACGUGAACAUCAGCUCUCUGUCCUUCAGUCCCGAUGCCCAGUUCCUCUGUGCCUCCAGCAACACUGAGACCGUUCACAUCUUUAAACUCGAGCAGCACGGACCCACUGGUGAGGAGGAGUGUCCCACCUGGUCUGCGUACGUGGGCAAGAUGUUCUCGGCGGCUAGCAGCUACCUCCCGUCUCAGGUCUCAGGCAUGAUGUGCCAGGACCGCGCCUUCGCCACCGUCCGCCUGCAGAUGGCGGGCCAGUGCAACGUCUGCACCCUCGCCAUUAUCCAGAAGCUUCCACGGCUGCUGGUGGCGUCCUCUGAUGGGCAGCUUUUUAUCUACAAUGUGGACCCUCAGGAUGGCGGAGAGUGCACCCUCGUCAAGACACACAGGCUGUUUGGGGAGGACGGGCAACAGGAGGCGGGGGAGAGGGAGGGGGAGGGGGAGGCCGAGGGCACCGCCUCUCCUCCUCAGCCAUGCCAGUCCUACGCCGCCACUGUGGCCAUGCCCGCCUCAGCACCCGUGCCUGCUACCCUAACUGGCUACUCAGAGGAUGGUGGUGCUAGGAAGGGCGAGGUGAUCCCAGAGCACGAGUUUGCAGCAGGGCCUGUGUGUCUGGACGAUGAGACGGAGUUUCCUCCUAUAAAUUGGUGCCGUGACGGAAGUCGGAGUGGCAAGGACAAACGGACGUGAGAAACAGACACAAAAUCACGGACAAAAACAAAGAGAGAGAGAAAGAGAGAGAGAGAACUGAUCAAAAGAGUAGAAUGGCUGCCACUCGGAAGGGGAAGAACCAAGAACCAAGCACGAGCCACGAUAUGCCACGCCACGGCACACGAAUCAAACACAAUUAUUUCAGGUGCUAAGUUGUUGAUGUUUUUAAAGUGUGGAGAAACAAACACACAAACAAAAAAAAAACAAAAAAACGAGUGACUGUAUAGUUUUGUUGUUUUGUCUUCGGAUCGGAUAAUCAUGUGUGAGUAUCUGAGGGGUUGCUGUAUGAAUAUAUGAGAUGCAUGACUGAAUCAUAACCAUGUCUUAUUAGCUUCUUACUUGACCAGAUAUUUUUAUUAAUUACGUUGUCAUACUGUAGCUAUUCCUUCUAUUUUUUUAUUUACAUUAUUAACAUCCUUGUAUUUAAUCAUAACAUGAGGGAAUUUAAGAUAUUUCACAAUGUUUUAAUGUUGUUUGAUGUAUUUUUUUUCCUGCAUAUUACUUGAUUUAUUAUUAAUACUUAAUAAAUGUAUUAAAUGUUUACAUGUAGUCAUCCUGGUCAAUAACAGCAGGAUGUUUUGUAUGUAUGUAUGUGCCUAUGAUAUUACCUGUCAGUGCAAAGUAUUUUGCAGAUUGCACAAGACCAAAAAAGAAAAAAAGCACCAUGGAAAGAGAAAUACUGCUAAUAAAAAAUGUAGAGAUACCAUAGAGAUGGCAUUAUGCA